UCUACGGUAAUAUAAUAUUAAUACAAAAUCAUGAGGGACAACUUUUUUUUGUAUAUACUCGCUUCUCACAGACGAUAACGGAACGUAUACCCGUGUCAAUACCGGAUAGUUGCCCGGAAAACAUGCUUCUUUAUCCAGGCAAUGGCGCGAAGAAUUCCUGGGUGUACGACUGUAGGCCACGGUUCUUGUACUUUUCAUUAAAUGAUUCCUGCUAUGAAGCCUACAGACAGGGUCCCUGUUCAUACAAGAAUUACGUCGUACUUCUAAAGAACAAGGUACUUCCUCGUUGUGUGGAGAAUCCUUGCUUGGAAGACAACAUAGUUUCAUACAACGGUGUGUGUUAUCCUCUCAAAACUAUAGGUGGUCCGUGCACGCCUACAGGAGUAUUAGGCGUGAACGAGACUACUUUCCAAUCGGAAUGUUAUACCAUUGGACAUUGCGCCCUUCAUGAUAAUAACGACCGUUCCCAAAAGAAUAUGUCCACCAGGCAGUAG